AUGUCUACCACCACGGAAAACGCCACAACAACUACCAGAACGGACUCAUCCUAUAUCCCUCGCGGCCCAACAACCGCCUCAUUAACCUUUUACGCACCGCCAGCGGACAACUCCGCCCCCUUCAAUUACGUCGGAGAACCACCAGCAGGUCAACCCCAAUACAACUUCAGCGAACACGAACAAAAAGUCACUAUAAACGAUAUUCGAGGCAAUGAAAGCAUGUACAGCCUCGACAAAGACUCAUUCCAAGCCCUCCAACAUAUUCCCACCAAAACAACAUAUACAACCUUCGACUCAGACGAGCUCGUCCAACAAAUCUAUUAUCCAGAGGUCGAAUCCCUUCUCUUAAAGUCCAUCCCAGGAGCCAAGAAGGUCGUCCUCUUCGACCACACAAUCCGCCGAGGUAAAGACUCCGCAUCCCGCAAACCAGUCACCCGCGUCCAUGUCGACCAAACUCCUCGCGCCGCAGAAGACCGCGUCCGUCUCCAUAUCUCAGAUCCAGAGGAAGCCGAGACUCUGCUGAAAGGCCGGUACCGGAUCGUGAAUGUCUGGCGUCCGCUGAGCAGCGAGCCAGUGCAGUCUUCGCCGUUGGCAUUCGCGUCUGCGGCCUCGGUUGAUGGAAACGAUUUGGUGCCUGUGCAGCAUCGGUAUCCGAAUCGGACGGGCGAGACAAUGGGUGUGAAGUAUAAUGAGGGCCAGAAAUGGUCUUACUGGUCUGGGAUGACGGGUGAUGAGCGGUUGUUGCUCAAGUGCUCGGAUUCGAGGGGAUUGAGGGAUGGGGAUGUUGCACAGUGGGUGCCUCAUACGGCGUUUUGGGAUGAGCGGACGCCGGCUGGGGCGCGGAUUCGGGAGAGCAUCGAAGUUCGGGCUUUGGUAUUUGGGUGA